UUUUUUUCAUUUUUUUUCAAAUGUUUAAAAAAGAAUUAAGUUAAAAUUUAUUUCUUAAAAUAAGGUUAAAUCUGAAUUUUUUCAAAUUAAAUAGCAUCUAUGGAGCCUGUAAAAUUUAUUAGGAAGGGUCGUACAAAGUUUGUAAGAAAACGUGAGGAAGAUUCUUCAUCUGAGGAUGAAACUGUUGUGAAGUCUAAAAAAGUGAACUUUCGACAAAAACAUACAACAACAAAUAAUAAUAUUUCCACAAAAUCACCUUUAAUUGAAUCUUUUGAAAGUGGAUCUAGUAAUACAACAGAUUCUGUUAUUACUGCUUCUGAUCAUACAAUAAAAUCAAAUCAAACGCUUAGUCGUCCUGGACCUGUUCAAGCAAAACAUGUCUUGCCGACAACAUUUAUUGAUUAUGCUCCAGAUGUUUGUAAAGAUUACAAACAAACUGGAUUUUGUGGUUUUGGUGAUACUUGUAAAUUUCUUCAUGAUCGCGAAGAUUAUAAGGCCGGAUGGCAACUCGACCAUGAAUGGGAACAAUUUCAACAUAAAAAAAGAGCCGCUAUUCUUCAUGGAAACAAAUAUGAUACUCAUACCGAUGAUUCUUCGACCGAAGAAGAUGACAUUCCAUUUGCAUGUUUUAUAUGUAGAAAAGAAUAUGUUCAACCUAUAGUUACAAAAUGUGGUCAUUAUUUUUGUGAAACAUGUGCAAUUCAAAGAUAUAGGAAAAAUCCAAAUUGUAUUAUUUGUGGUGCUGGAACCUCUGGUAUUUUUAAUGUUGCCAAAAAACUUCAGUCUAGAUUACUAGAGAAGAAACAACGCAUACAUGAAAAACAUAUCUCCUCUCAUACAUAGUCUUUUAAC